AUGUCGAGUCGCACUCCGAAUUCUAUAUUCUGGUUCAAGUCCAGUAAGAGGACUCAAUAUCAGACUUCAUCUCUUGAGUCGUAUCACAAAAUUGUUGGUUAUUUCGCUCCCAAAUCCCGCCAUUUCUUCUAUGAGCCAAUGAAAGCAAGGUUACUGCUCGCCACACUCCACUUUAAUGAAAAUCCAAAUCGGAAACAGCGUAUGGGACAAGAUGAACAGCCGCAGUGGUCGAUUUCAUACCCCAAGGGGAGAGGAGGAGCUGCAGUAGCAAAAGAGGUCAAAAUUGAAUCAACAUAUGACUAUGUACAGCUAAUUCUGGAGGACCUGCUGAAGCGGAGAGAUGACCUGCCAUCUUACAAAUUGGCAAGAGAUGCAAAGGACAAGUACCAAUUGACUCAUCCUAUUCCAGGUCCAUUGUAG